CCAGCUGGUUCCAAGAACAAACCAAAGCCACCGAUCUUCGUCACGCGCGUCCCUAACGCUCUCAAGAGCCAUGUUAUGGAGAUCGCUAGUGGGACUGACGUCAUCGAAACCCUAGCUACUUUCGCUACGCGCCAACGUGGCAUCUGCAUCUUGAGCGGUAACGGCACGGUGGCUAACGUUACACUCCGACAACCCUCAGCAGCUACCGUUUCCUCCCCUGGAGGUGCGGCUGUUUUGGCGUUACAAGGGAUUGAGAUUCUUUCUUUAACAGGUUCUUUCUUGCCUGGACCGGCUCCACCUGGAUACGGUUUAACGAUUUACUUAGCCAGUGGUCAAGGUCAGAUUGUUGAGGAAGCUGGUGGGCCAUUGAUGGCAGCUGGUCCGGUGACAAUUGCUGCCACGUUUUCUAAUGCGACUUACGAGAGGUUGCCUUGGAUGGAAGAAGCGGCUGAGGGCGGCGGCGGAGGAGUGGUUCCAGGGCAGCUUGGGGUAGGUUCUCCUCUGAGUAGCGGUGGCGGUCGAGGAGAUGGAAACCAAGGACUUCCGGUGUACAGUAUGCCGGAAAAUCUUGUUUCUAGUGGCGGUGGAAGCGGUGGAGGAGGGCAGAUGAGCGGUCAAGAAGCUUGUUGGGCUCAAGCUAGGUCAGGAUUUUAA